UUGUGUGUGUGUGACGCACAGUGGGUAAGAGUGGAGAUGAGAUCGAAAAGGUUGAAGUGAAGGAAACCCACAGGAAGAAAGGCGAAGUGUCACGCCUUUUACAGUAAGACCCGCGAAGCAUUCAGCGCGACUUGCACAGAGUUGUCUCUACCGGCUCGCGGAUAGCGAGCUCGAGGUGAGAACAGAAGGAAAUAAUAAUAAUGAGCUCGUGGAUGUUGCCGGACUCCCGCCUCUCUCGCGCCGGCGGGUCGGGAAUCACGCGCCAUUGGAGGGGGUGAUAUACUGUGCAUGCGCUUCUGGCUCAGCGGCGUGCACAGGUCGGUCGAUGCGAGCACAGCGGCGUGGCUCUCGGCCUCCAUUUGCCAGUUUGUGUUCAUGUUCGAGGAAUUUGCCAAGGGUGGUUUUUGGGGCCAAGACGACGCGCAACAGUUGGAGUUUUGCCGCAGACGUCACCGUUACACCGUGCCUGUUUGACACGAGGUGUCGGGACUGCGCUGGGAGGAGCCAAAUGCAGUGUGAUGUUCACAGCCAUUGGUUAUGUCUGCUUUGAACUCUGAACUCACAGCCACGGAGGUCACCCAUGCACUGGAGGAAGAGGAGGGCAAUUUGCCCUAUGUUCUGCUCACAGACCCCCCUUCUUCCGUCCCUACUUCACAUCCCUCCCGUUUAACCACUGAGAGACCCAAUUUCACCACUGACACCAUAAUGGAGAGUCAAGCCAUCUCCAUGGCAAGUAAUGAAUGUACUUCUACUCUUUCCUCACCUGUUGAAGGAAGCCCAGCCAAGCCUCCUGUUACACCAUCUUCUAUACUUGAAGAGACUUUUGGCCACAGCCCCGCUACCUCACAGAUGGCACCUGCAUCAGACUCUUUAAAAGGCCCAGGAACAAGUCUAAUUUCCAUUUCCGACUCGCCACCUUGGGUUUCUACGUUGCCAUCUAGCACAUUUGGCUGUCCAGACUCAGGAAAAGAUUUUCCUACUGUGCUCACAUUCAAAGGUGUCACUGUCACAUUGGAGAAUAACAGCAUAUGGAAGCAGUUUUGUGAGUGUGGAACUGAGAUGAUUCUUACUAAACAGGGUCGCCGCAUGUUCCCCUACUGCCGCUAUCGUCUGUCUGGUCUAGACCCUGAUCGGAUGUACAGUCUUGUCCUGUCCAUUGUUCCAUCAGGUCAAUAUAGGUAUCGGUGGAAUACCUCCAAAUGGGAGGCCCACGGGCCGGCAGAGCACCAGUCUCAGGGCCUGAUCCGAGCCUUUCCCCACCAUUACUCACCCUGUCCGGGAUCAGAGUGGAUGAGCUGCUUGGUGUCUUUCUAUAAACUCAAGCUGACUAAUUACUUCCAGGAUCAAGAGGGUCAUAUGAUCCUGCACUCCAUGCAUCGCUACAUUCCUAGGCUUCACAUUAUUCCAGUUCUGGAUGGGGAGGCACCCACACCUGACAAACCUGUGGUCAUGGGACCUGAGAGCAUUACCUUUACAUUCCCACAGACCGAAUUCAUGGCAGUGACGACUUAUCAGAACUUUCGAAUCACCCAGCUGAAAAUCAAUCAUAACCCGUUUGCCAAGGGCUUCAGGGAGGACGGGAACAACCCCCGUCUUAACCGAAUCCUUCCACUUCCUGUGAAGACUGAAACCCAAACAGAGGUUCUGAAACUUGCUGAACCCAGUGAGCAACAAGAGGAGGUGAUGGAUCUGAGCGCAAAGAGUCAAGGUCCCUCAGCUCCAUCUACAAAUGCACAAGAGACUAGACUGGUGCUGAAGCCUAUAAUGUCCAUCCCAUCUAGUAAUGGUGAUACAUAUGUGCCCUGUAUAAGGGGCAAACAUUCACUGGGUGAGAUUGUUCUCGGCCAGAACCAGCCUUGUGUUGAAUCUAAGAAAGAAGACAGCGCCAUUGUUACUCCCAAGGCAAACUUAUUUUUGAGGAUACCGCCUAAAUCAAGAUCCAAUAACUCUAGUUCCUCAACGGCGACCCCGGGAACAUCAUCUCGGUUUCGUAAGAGUAGGAGGAGGAUCAAGCGACGCUGGACAAUGCACAAUGGAAGGUCUUGGAAAGCUGCAGCUGCCUCUCCCAAAGUGGCCCACAGCCCAUCAUUGACCGUCGCUAUGCAACCAGAACUGGAUGAGAUAGAAGGCCUGCUGUUUGUGUCGUUCACCUCAAAGGAAGCACUUGAGGUUCACGUCAGAGACAAAUUAGCAAACACCUCAUCAUCAGUACCCCCUGUGACCUUAACAGGGCUGAUGGAGACGAAGAAGUUGGAAGACUUCUGUGGCGUCUCCAUGGAGGAGAAUCCAGAGACUGCGGAGGAAAAAACUGCUCAAUUAGAGUCUCUCCUCCUGGAUGACCUGAGCAUUCUCAAACACAGGCAGGUCAUCCAUCCAGUGCUGCAGGAGGUGGGCUUGAAGUUGAGCUCCUUAGACCCAGGCACGCCUGUUGACUUGAAGUAUCUGGGUGUUUGUCUGCCACUACCCCCUUCAAGCCUGCACGACCAAAGCAGCGCACCAGCUAUAUCUCCUGCUGAUGAGGAAUUACCCUUUAUCUCCAGAACAGGAAAAACAAGCGAUGUAACAAAAAUAAAGGGGUGGAGAAACAAGUUCACCAGAAGCCAAGAAACAUCUGCUUCUAGUAGUGAAGGAUUACAGAAGAACCUGUCUGCCUUCUGCAGCAACAUGUUGGACGAGUAUUUGGAGAGCGAAGCUCAGCAAAUCAGUGAGCGUGCUGCUGCCUUCUCCUCAAACCCAGAGGAUGCAGUGGCCUAUCAGCUGCCUGCCAAGAGUUCCAGCUAUGUGAAGACUCUGGACAGCGUACUGAAGCAUCGAAAUGCUGCAUCCAGAGUCUCAACUGGUGCCAACAGACCUUGUCCUUUGUCUCGCAAAACCACACCAUACUCAGCUCCUGAAGCCCCCAGUCAGGCCUCAUAUACAGAUCUAGAAGGUGCUGCUGGGUCCAGUUACGCUGAUUAUUCACAAAGAUUGCCAACCAGCCAGUCAGGAACCUAUCACAGACCUGGUCAGAGCCAGGGCCAGGCACACAAAGCUGCAGGCUUCACAAAGAUCCAGUUCAGACUGAUGCAGAUGGAGAAUACAGCAUUUUACCAGGGCCUGAGCAGGACACACCUGACUCCAGAAAGGCUUUCUACAGCUCUGUCUGUCAUAAUGAGUAAAGAGACCAUGCCCCACGAGAUCCCGUUUCGACAUAAUACUGUUGGACCUCAGUGUGGUCAAGAGUUCUGCAGACUGGGCUGUGUGUGUCAGAGUUUGCAGCAGCUAAAGACAGCCCCCGACCACUGCAGACGGCCUGAGUGCAUGUUUACCUGUAGCUGCCUCAAAUCCCGGAUGGAUACAGAACAAUCACCCCAGCCUCACUUUGGUUCCCAUGCUGGUAAACUGUGGAACCGCAGCGUUUAUGAUGAGGAUGUAGAACCGCUUUACAUGUCCAAAAGCGCUCCAUCUUUAGCCCCACCAAAGGUCCAGAAAACCUGGACAUUUUGUCCAGCACCCCCGAUACGUGAAGAGGAUAAGGAUCCCGUGUACAAGUAUCUGGAGAGCAAGAUGACAUGCGCACGCGUCAGAGAGUUUAAUAGCCUGCCACCACCUGUCGUCACCUUGGGCACUGCACUUUUUCACCAGAAAGACAAACCAACACCACAGAACGUUGUUAAAGUCGUCACUAAACCGGACAACAUCGCUGAAGUGACUGAUCAAAAACCAGUAGAAAUGCCUUCUCAGGAUACAAAAGCAAUAAAAGUAAAGAAGCAAAUCCAGAUCCAGUCGAUGUGUCAAUGGAGAAUGGACCGUAAAAUGGUGCUGGAGGGUUUGUGUGAGCGCAUGAACCAGAAUCGGCUUCACCUGCUUUUCUACAUCGGGCCUUACUGCAUAAGCCCCGUGACCAGAGUCAUCUUAAAGACACCCAGCGUCACCGUCAUCACCUACAGGAUGCAAAUCAGUAAACCAGAAAAAGUGAGCAACUGCAAGGAAGAAUCUGAUGAAGGUGAAGAGAAGUGUGACGGGAAACGCUUUGAUGGAAAUACUGAGGAAGAGGUGGCGGGGGACCCUGGUAAUCGUUAUGGGGCGAUUCCUUUCCAGAGUGGAGCGAUCCCUGCUGGGAGACUGAGAGCCCGGAAAAAGCCUCCAGGCUGUAAAGCAUACGGACUUAUCCAGGUAAAUGAUAAAUGCUACAAUCACGCCGCGCUGUUGCUUGGUAACAUGGGGUCUCUGCAUCCUGCCAACCGUCUUGCAGCCCAUGUCACAGGCCGACUACAAGCUCAUAAAAUGCCUCGGAUGCAACAGUCAACGAACGCAACCACCUCACCAGAAUUACUUCAUGUGAAGGCCACAAGCACCUUCGUCCCUCUGUUUAUGGAUCAGAAGGCAGAACUGCAGCCCAAAGCUGAUUUACCCAAACCAGACUCUUUGAGUAACAGCUCCAGAAACAUGGUGCAGGGUUCACAGAAGUUCCAGACUGGAAGCCCAUCUGGGCAGCCAUUUGUCCCCAUCCAGCAAAACAUCCACAGCAGCUCCACGUCCUCGCCCGUCUCCCUCACGGUCUCGCCGUCGCUGAAAAGCCCCAGCUUCCUGGCUAAGAGUGGGACUUACUCAUUUAGAAUCUGCCCUCCAUCCACCCAGGCCGACGGAGGCCAGAGGCCUGGCGGCGUGGCCCUGCCGGGAGGCUUCACCCUCAUCCAGCUCCCAAAACCCGGAGCUGAAGGAGCCGGAGAAAAAGCGAAACCUCUCGACGCUACGGGCAACACUUCAGCUGAGAACAAAGACAGAGUUUCUAAUCUAAGCCACUUAGCGAGGGAGUGGGUCGGUUUUGACACCUUCAGCAAAGUUAGGACCUUACUAAGUAGCGACUUGCCUGAACCGGACUCCUCCUCUGGGCAACUUUCUGAGGAGAAGAUGCUGUCCGGUAGGAACAGCAAGGAAGAUGACCUGCUGCAGACUGAGAAUCAGCAGGGGUUAUAUUUCGAUAUUUCCUCAGAAGAAUUAAGCUCCGACUUUUCGGACUACGAUGAAUGCGAAGAAGAAGAUGAGAUAGUGGAUAUUGAAACUGUAGAAAUGAAACAAGAAGCCAUUUCUAAAAUGAAAAAAGAUGCUUUGGUGAGAUUACAACAAUCAAGGGAUUCUGCAGACUAUUGUGAAAAAAUGGAGGAGCUCAAUGAACCGAAUGCUGAGUACAAAGAGAUGAGGGCGCGCAGGAACCACUCGGCGGUGGAGAAGCUGAGACGCUGCGAACAGCGAGUCCUGUUCGAUAGACUGCAGAGUCUCCUGAAACUGGAUUCCAGAUCUUCCAGGCUCCACGUGCUUGCACUGGCUGUAAAAGAAAUUGAAAGUCUGGGCAAGACGUUCAGAUAUCUUAAAUCGGAGAAAGAGAGGCUGCUUCAGGCCCAGUCUGUCUUUUUAAAGAAACUGUCCAUGUUGGCUGGGAAAUCUGAGAGCCUGAUUGAAAGCAAGCUGAAGGAGAUCUUUGAGCGGCAGAAACAGCGCGAGAGGAAUAUGAAAUGGAAGCCUUUCUUCUCUCACCUUCUGCAGAGCAAAGCUGCUCUUCUUCAAGCCACUGCCCCUCCUUCUGAUCUCCACCCCUCAUCGCCACCUCAGCAUGACCUCAGCCCUACAGGUCAAGCCAACCUGUCUGAGACUGCAAGAAACAAUUUACAAAUGUUGCUCUCCCUGCUUCAUCCUUUAAAAAGGCUGGAAAAGGCUCCUGAUCAACCUAUUGGGAACAAAUCUAUGCAAGGUUCUCAGCCUAAAGUGGUCCCAGACCAUGUAGUCACUGCACCAUCAGCACCACAGAUGGAGGUUCACCAGAGAGAACCUGGAGCUUUGGGCCAACCUCCUUCAAAGUUAGAUGAGAACCAGAAAGAACCUGUUAAUCCAAGCCAGAGCGCCAUGCCUUCUUCUUUAACAAACAACCUACAACUCCUGGAUAAUUUGGCACUGAAAGUCGCUGCAGCCACAUCUGGAUCCUCAGGAGCUAAAAAAAGAACAGUAGUUAUCCCUUCAAGGCCGUUUGCUCUUCCUCUGAUUCGUUCCAAAACUGGCAGACUCAUACUUCCCUCCUCCAUGAAACCACUUGGUAAAGGUUACUACACCCUUAUGGUGAUGGAGCCCAAGAAGGGCGAUGGGGAUAAGGCCAGCUCUUCAUCUAAUGCGGAGCCUUCUUCUGUGAACCCUUCCAAGAGUUCGGAGAAAACCACCUCUUCUUCUGAGCAGCCUUCAGUACCAAAAAGCAGAUGUGCAAUGAUGGACAAAACUGCACCUUCAGAAUCUGAUCCAAAGAGUUCAGGUGCAGCGAGUCCCCUCUCUGACCUCUCCUUUCUUAACAAAUCAAUCGUUGUACCGUUGCUUGACACACAUGCCACUGAGGAGGACCAAGAAGAGACGGUUCCGGUCUUGAUUAGAACUUCAACGACUCACUUGUGUUUGAAACCUGUAGGUCAAGUUCCUCCGCCUUCUGCCAAGCCUGAGCAAGAUUCUAGCCCUCUGUUUGUUCCUUCGAAGAGCCAUCAGAGUCCAGAUACUAACAAAACUGAGGUAGAACCGACCAAGAUGAGUGACGGUAAUGUACGCCGGCUACAUGAACUGAAACAAAGUGAUAUUACUGUGGAGGAGAUAAACGUAAGGGUACAGGACACCCCAGGAGCAGUGAGGGAAGCUGCUCAUAAACCCACCUCAGUCAAACGAGGCAGAGGAAGGCCUCCGAAAAAGAAAGUUGUUGAGGGGCGAAGUUCUGCUGUGAAGCGACCAAGAAGUCCAGACUCCAAUGAUUACACCCCCAUAUUUUCUAUGACGUCUCUCAAAAGCCCCAAUUCACCAACAUCACAAGGGGAGGGGUUCACUUCCAGACCGUUAACACGCGCCUCUCUGGGAAAGGACUUCCCCAGUGCGAAGAAACGGUCCUGGAUAGAUAUAGAAAAGGAACUAGAACCGGACCUCGAGUUUGUAUAGCCUCUACAGGACAAGAUGGACUCACUCAGAUUGGUACCUCACAGUUCUCUGCUGCAGCAGCGUUUUCAAACUUGACAUUUUUACCUCCUUUGCUGUUAAUUGGUGUCAACAUCAAACGCAAGCUUCACCACAUGUGCCUGUUUAAAAAAAAAGACAAACGUUCAGGGCCGUGAUUAACUACCUUACGCUGCUGUGUUUUUAUAUGUCGGUGAACUUCAUACUGUAGAGAAAAGCCGCAUACAAAGAGCAUCACUUGACUGCUGAAUGUAUGAGUAAAGUGUGCUUACUACCGCAAUCAGCUCUCAUCAGGACAUUUUCUAAAAAGAAGUUGUCUAUAAAUGUGACAAACAUGUAUUUCUUUUUUUAAAACCAGCUCGAUUACGUUGUACUUUAACUUGUUGGUUAGUGUCAUGCAGAAAAGAAUAAAAACUGUAAAGCCUGAAGCCUUAGGAGGGGAAGUCUUACCAAACCAUGAAUUGCUACAAUAACGAAUUCUCUGUUUUUACCUUUCAAUUAAAUCUUUUUUUUAGUUGCACUUUAUCUUUCUGGUAGAACUCAAGCAAUAAAACAUGUUUAUUCUUCAGCUUGUACAAAAAGGCUACUGACCUCUACUCUGAGAUGUUAGUCAGAGGUAUCCUCAUUAUGUAUAAAGCUAAUCUUUAGGGAUUAGCCCACGUGAAUAUUUUGUUUGCUUUUUUUAAUGGAAGACUUUGGUUAUGAUUAUUUUGAAACACUGGUUGUUAAUUUGACUGAUUAAUAAAAUACCUGGUUUUGAAAAUGAAAA